AUGAGUUCAACAUUUUCACUUGCACCAAAGCCUUACAUUAGAGAGAGCAAUGGAAAUCUCCUGCCCCCAAAAUCUAUGCUCACAACAAUAAGAGCUGAAGUGAUUACAGCUCCCAAGCAAAGAAACACACGUAGUUUUCCUGAACUAUCAAUACAAGGCAUUCCUGUUGCUGAUUUGCAUGUACAAGAAAUUGUUCAGAGGCAAUCCAAGAGCAUAGCCAAGGUAGGUACUAGCCGAAAGUCACAGUUUGAUCCAAGCUUUCUUGAAGAAGCAUAUCAAAGGUGCAGGAACAUUUGUGCAGAAUACGCCAAGACCUUCUAUUUAGGUACUUUGCUAAUGACAGAGGAGCGUCAAAAGGCAAUAUGGGCAAUCUAUGUUUGGUGUAGAAGAACAGAUGAACUGGUUGAUGGCCCCAAUUCUGGGCACAUGAACUCGGAAGUUCUUGAUAGCUGGGAAGAGAGACUAGAAGACAUUUUCGAAGGACGGCCUUAUGACAUGCUUGAUGCUGCAUUGACUCAUACUGUUCUCAGCUUCCCCUUAGACAUAAAGCCUUUUAGAGACAUGAUCGAGGGUAUGCGAAUGGACACAAGAAAAUGCCGAUAUCAGAAUUUUCAAGAGCUUUAUCUCUACUGCUACUAUGUAGCUGGAACUGUUGGCCUAAUGAGCGUUCCUGUAAUGGGAAUUGCACCUGAUUCUCUGAAUUCUACUCAAAGUACAUAUGAUGCUGCACUCUACUUGGGUAUAGGGAAUCAACUCACAAACAUACUUAGAGAUGUUGGAGAGGAUGCUGCAAGAGGUAGAGUUUAUCUUCCUCAAGAUGAGCUUGCACAGUUUGGGUUAUGCGACAACGAUGUUUUUGCAAGAAAGGUCACUGAUCAAUGGAGAAAGUUCAUGAAAGAACAGAUUUCUAGAGCCAGAUUCUAUUUCAACCUGGCAGAAGAAGGUGCUUCUCAACUUGACAAAGAUAGCCGUUGGCCGGUAUGGUCAUCCUUGCUGAUAUACCGAAACAUCUUGGACGCAAUUGAGGAAAAUGACUACGAUAACUUGACAAAGAGAGCAUAUGUAGGGAGAGCUAAGAAACUUCUCAUGUUGCCUAUGGCUUACACAAAAUCUCUUCAUACACCUAGUUUGAUCUCUCAGUAG